AUGGCCAACCUCUCCGAGGCCCUCCUGCCCGACCGCAAAGCGACCUGGUUCGAGCCGCGCUCCGCCGUGCGGGCUGCCUACAUCAACAGCGUCAAGUCGGUGUUCGGAACUGGCCUGCUCGCGCUGCCGAGCGCAAUCCUUGCUGUGGGUGCUCCGGCCGGCUGCCUUCUGACCGCGCUAUGCGGGAUCUGGUCCAUCUACACGAUGCAGCUCCUCGCGUGGUGUGUUGAUGCCGCGGUGGCAGCAGGUGUGACGCCGAAGAGCUACGGGGAGCUCUGCCUCCACUCCCUCGGCCGCACGGGUGGAUUGCUGAGCGCCGGAAACAUGCUGGUGAGUCAGCUCGCGUGCUGUGCGACCUACCUCGUUUUCAUUGGCGACAACGUCGGCCAGCUGCUCGGCGAGCGGGUCAUGCUCUGCGUCACCCCUUUCUUUGUCCUCCUCUGCUGGUUGCGCGACCUGUCGAUGCUCGAGCCCACCUCCGCCAUCGGCACCGCCGUCCUGCUGCUCGCGCUCCUCACCGGCCUCGCCAGCCCGCACGAGGCGGCCCCGCGCCUGGCUAGCUUCGACCCGAGAGAGUACUCCUCCAUCCUGCUCGCCCUCGCCACGGCCGGCGUCGGCGUCAUCCUCGCCUACGCCCUCGCUUGCGCGGUGCUCUACGGCGACGAGACGCAGGGCAACAUUCUCCUCUCCGUCGACGGCGGGCUUGCUGCCGGGCUCAAGGCUUGCAUGUCGGUCGCCGUCCUCUUCUCGCUGCCCAUCAAGAUGUUCCCCGCGUCGCAGAUCGUCGAGGAGGCGCUCUUCACGCACGACACAGCGGCGGGCGAGGGGGCGGAAGAGGAGGGCGGCGGCGCGGCAGAGGCGGCAAGGGGGGCGCAGCAGGCGGGAGGCGGCCACAGCCAUGCAUGCGGCAGGACGGCGGCGCGAACGGCGCUUGCGCUCGCGCUGUCGCUGCCCGAUUUCAAGUUCCUGGUGGCACUGAGCGGCGCGCUCAACGUCGGCGUCAUCGCCUUCGUGCUCCCGCCCCUGAUGUACGUCCUGCUCGCUCGGGGGGCGAUGCGGCCCGCGUCUGUGGCGGCGCACGGCCUCCUCUGCGCCUUGGGCGCCCUCGCCACCGCAGUGGUGUGCAGGGUGCUUGGGCAGCGAUCGCUGAACCCUUUCGGACCCUACACAGGUACCGUCGUCACUGUCCUUUGCACGGCGAUGGUGGUCGCGCAGAAGUUGCACCCCGCGGGAGGGGAGCUGCCGCCGACACCUCCUCCGCUGGAUACGUACGAGGUGGAGGACCCGCUGGAGAGCUACGACUGGAGGGCGGGCGGCUGA